AUGGUCAGCUCUUCGCCGCUCGACUACACGCGCGAGGAGCUGCAGGGCAAGCUGUUGCACGCCGCGCAGCAUGGAGACUCCAUCGCCAUCCUCGCGCUCAUGAACCGGAAGGACCCGCCCGACAUCAACUACCGGCACGAGGGGGGCGCCGCGGCCCUGCACAUGGCUGCCCAGGAGGGCCGCGAGGCAGCCAUCGACGCUUUGGUGGGGUGCGGCGCCGACGUCAAUCUCCUCGACGGCAGCGAGUGCACCCCGCUGCACUACGCGUGCGCGCGCUGCCACGCCACCGCCGUGUCCGCCCUCUGCAGUCACAAGGCGGACGUGUCAAAACCAGACUCGUUCCACCGACUGCCGCUCCACAUCGUGAUCGAGAACCACGGCGACGACGAGGCCGCCGCGGCCGCCUGCGUCAAGGCCCUCCUCGCCGCCGGCGCCUCGCCGUCCGCCCUGACACCCCUCGGACACACCCCCCUGGCCCUCGCCAUCGUGCACCAGGCCGCGCCGUCCGCCGACGUCGUCGGGGAACUCCUCGACGGCGGCGCGGACCCCUCCGAGCCCGACCAGCACGGCCUCACGCCGAUCUACUACUCCGUCGCCCUGGGCCGCGGGGGGUGUCUCGAGCUCCUGCUGGCAGCCAACGCCGCUCUGCAGGCCGGCGGCGGGACGGGCCUCACCGCGGCGCACCUCGCCGCGAUCCAGGGCUCGCCGGAGGCCGUCGCGGCGCUCCUCGCGCGCGUGCCGGACCCGGAGGCGCUCGCGGCGCCGGACGCGCACGGUCGCACCGCCGUCCACUACGCUGCGGGCCUGGGACACAUGCGCGUGCUGGGGGACCUGCUGCGGCGGAGCGCCACGGCGGCGGUGGACGCUGCGGACGCGGAGGGCUGCACGCCGCUGAUGUACGCGUUGGCGGCCGGGAAGGAGGACUGCGCACAAAGUCUCCUGAACCGCGGAGCGGCGGUCAAGGUGGUGGACAAGCGCGGGCGGACGCCGCUGCACGCGGCGUGCUGGGCGGGCGGGAUCAAGCUGGUGCGGGCGGUGCUGGAGCACAAGGCGGACGUGAACUUCGCUGACGUGGACGGGCGGACGGCGCUGCACAUGGCGGUGGAGGGAGGCACGGCCUUGCUGCGGCUGCUGCUGGACUACGGCGCGGACGUGAUGGCGACGGACAAGCAGGGGCGGACGCCGCUGCACGCGGCCGCGGAGGCCGGCGCGGUGGAGACGGGCACGCUCCUGCUGAAGGCGGUCGAGCGCAGCAAAGCAGACCCCCGGGGGGGACUUUUGACGCGCGAGGGCCGCGGGCUGCUGCACCUCGCCGCGCAGCACGGCCGCCCGGUGUUCCUCGCGAUGCUCCUCGACAACGGCUUCGAGGAUCACGCGCAGAACCCGGAUCUGCGCGGUCAGACGCCACUGCAUGUCGCGGCGGCGCACGGCGACCCGGACUGCGUCGCGCUGCUGUGCGACUGCGCCGGCAUGGACGUCGACGCGCGGGACCUCACGUCGCGCACGCCGCUGAUGCUCGCGGCGGAGGCCGGCCACGUGGCGUCGGUCAAGGUGUUGCUGGACCAGCGAGCGAGCGUGAAGGCGACGGACGCGAAGGGGCGGACGCCGCUGCACGCGGCCGCGGCGGCGGGCAACGCGCAGGUGUGCAUCGUGCUCUGCCAGCACGGCGCGUCGCCGCACGCCGCCACGGAGGGCAACCUUAUCACGCCACUGCACCUGGCGGCGGCGGGGGGGCACACGCUGGCGUGCUUGUCGCUCGUGCGGGCGGGGGCGUCCGCGGAGACGCCCGACAGCCAGGGGCGGUCCGCGGUGGCCGUGGCGGUGAUUGCGGGGCACCGCAGCUGUGCGAAGCAGAUGGAGGGGGAGGCGCGCCAACACGCUGCGAUGGCGGCGGAGGCGACGCUGGAGAAGGUGGUGGAGGAGGACGGGCCGGGGGAGGGCUCCAAGGCGGAGGAGGCGGCUGUGGCGGGGGCCGACGCGGCCAUGCAAGAGGCGAGAGGCGCCGAACGCGGCGCCCCCGUGCAAGCCUCGGAGCGCUCUCCACGCGCCCAGGCACGCGCGAACUGGUCGGUGACCUGCACGGGGUGCUCGGCGGAUAUCCGCCUCCGCGACGACGGCUCUCUGAUCGCGGACCGCACCGGCGGCGCCGCCACCGGCAACGACGCGCCGCUCCUGCCCGGAAGCCCCCCUGACUCAGGCUGCAGGCCGCGGUGGCCGUGGGGGGGUCCCUGCUCGGCGUGCUCGGCGGAGCCUGGCGCGCAGGUGCUUCUGCCGGGCGAUCAGAUCUUCGGAGCGCAGGAAAAGGCCCCGGGGGAGUUCAAGGUGUAUGUCGCAGCACCGGGGCGGCCCGGGGCGCACGGCGGGGACGGGCGCGGGCCGCGGUCGCUGCGAGCGAUCGGGCCGCUGCAGGCGGUCGGCGGGUACCGCGCGCGCGACGCUGUGCGCGCAGUGCAGGCCGCGGCGGCGUGGGGCGGCGACAGCGAGCCGCCGAACGUGCUCGUCGUGAUCAACCCGGCGAGCGGGCCGGGCAACGCGCCAACGACGUUCGCGAAGCACAUCCGCCCGUAUCUCGAGGACAAAUGCGGCUUCGCCGUCCGCGCACUCACAACCGAAGCCCCAGGACACGCCACGAACUACAUUCGGGACCUGUCGCAGACCGAACUCGACGCGACCUCCGCCAUCCUCGUCGUCGGCGGCGACGGAACCGCAGCCGAGGUCCUCCAGGGCGCGAUGGCGCGCCCGGACUGGCGGCGGGCGCUCUCAAUUCCCGUCGCGAUGGCGCCGGCCGGCAGCGGAUGUGCGCUCGCAGCCUCAACUGGCAUCCUGAGCUCGCUCUGCGCGGUGCACGCGCUCGCAAAGCGCCACGUCGUGCCCCUCGACGCAGCGUCGGUCUUUCAGCCGGCGAUCGGCCGCCGGUCGUACGCGUUCCUCUCCGUUGUCUUCGGGUCGUACGCGAGCAUUGACAUCGGAUCGGAGCGCCUGCGGGCCCUCGGAGCCGCGCGGUUCACGCUGUACGCGAUCGCAGAGUGUCUGUCCGGCCGCCGGUACGGCGCCCGGGUGUGGUGGCGCGACGGCAUCGCCGAGCCGUCGGUUGCAAAGCAAGGGGGGGAGUCGACGUCGCCAGCGCCAGAGUGUCCGGCGCUGGCGGAGCUGGUGGCGCAGGGGGCGAGCCUGGCGGGCGACACGGAGUGCGCGCAGCCAGCGAGCCUCAUGCAGGCGUGCGGCGCGGCGGCGGCCGCGGGCUCUGCGUGGCGCGAGGCAACGGGCCCACCGUACAAGCUCUUCGUGCUCGCGAACCUGCCGUGGCUGUCCCUGACGACGCGGAUCGCGCCGGGGCUGCGGAUCGACGGCGGCACGAUGGCGAUGGUGUCCACGCGGGAGGCGUCCCCGAUCGAGAGCCUCCGACUGCUGGCAGGCGCGGACUCAGGGGAGGACAUCACGAAACACCCCCGGGUGUCGCACCGCCGCGUGUGUGCGGCCGCGGUGUUCCCGGAGCCGCGGGACGACGGCCGCGACUGGCUGGUGGUGGACGGGGAGCUAGCGCCGUACUCGCCAGCGCUAGUGGAGCUGCACGCCGGGCUCUGGAGGGCGGUGGUGGCGCCGCCGGAGGCGUCCGCGGGGACGCACGGCGGCGGGAAGGCUCAAGUGUGA